GAGGCUGAGGGCGCGGAGCCGCCGCCGCCGGCGGGGGCUGGCGGUCCGUCCCUGAGGAGAAGGAGGAGCGGGGGGAGCCCCGCUCCCCGGGGGGAAGAUGGGGAACUGCCUCAAGUCCCCCACCUCGGAUGACAUCUCGCUGCUCCACGAGUCGCAGUCGGACAGAGCCAGCUACGGGGACGGGGCUGAGCCGGAUCAGGAGCCGCCGCCGCCAUAUCAGGAGCAGGUCCCUGUUCCUGUUUAUCACCCGACGCCUAGCCAGACUCGGCUAGCAACACAGCUGACAGAAGAGGAACAAAUCAGAAUAGCGCAGAGGAUAGGCCUUAUUCAGCAUCUACCUAAAGGAGUCUAUGAUCCUGGAAGAGAUGGCUCCGAGAAGAAGAUCAGAGAAUGUGUCAUUUGUAUGAUGGACUUUGUUUAUGGGGACCCUAUCCGAUUUCUGCCGUGCAUGCACAUUUACCACCUGGACUGUAUAGAUGACUGGUUGAUGAGAUCCUUUACCUGUCCAUCCUGCAUGGAGCCAGUGGAUGCAGCACUGCUUUCAUCAUAUGAGACUAACUGAGCCAGGGUUUCUCCACUGAACCUUUAAGGAGACCAUCCACUUUAAUGGGUUUGAUCCUUUUGUCAUUCAGCCCAAAGAGCCGGGAAUUAGGAAUUAAGAUCAUGCACAAAGUAUACAUUUCCUAAUAAAUAAAUAAAAAAUAUUCCUGAAUGGCUGCAAAUAUUGGAAAAAACAUAGUAUUUUAGAGACUAUAGAAAAGUAGGUUGUUAUUUUUAAUGUAAAGCCUUGACCCACCAUUGUCUUUUAAUGUUUGUUCUUACACCCAUAUAUAGGAAUUGUGUAAAGUGUUACAGCAACUGUAAGUGUUUAAACUGCGUGUAUCCAAUUUUAUUAGCAGCAAGAUAAGAGUAUUUUUUUUCCUAAAUAAAGUAACCAGUUUUGUUCUGAUUCUUUUCACAAGUCCUGGCAUUUGGGUCAAGGCUUUAUUGAAAUCUACAUUUUAUAACACUGGCACAAAGAAAUAGUUUUAAGCUUGUUUGCACAGUUCUUUUUCUUUUUUUUUUUUUUUUUUUUGGUCCAUUGGAGAUGGAAUUCAUUGCCUUAGGUCUUUUUAAUAGUGUAUUGUUAUUGUUGGGCUGGCUCUAUGCUUGAAAACCAGUUUAUUUAUAACCUGUUAAAAGUGCUAUAUUUUGUUUGCAGUUAGGAAUAUGCAGACUUCAAAGUGAUCUCCUAGCUUGUAAGCAAACUGAGAUGCAUUAUCCCUUUUCUACAAGUGAUGCAGAAUAUGAAGAUAUAAAACAGUCCUACAGUGAAAUUACGGUUUCAUGGUUUUUAUAACUUGCUUUGGUUUUGAUGAAACAACAGUCCUUAAACUUUAAUAUGUCACCUUUAACUUGAUCAGGUUAAAAGUGGGCCAGAUGGACAAUAAAUAGUUAAACUACCGUGACUGAAAAAAAAAUAUUUGGAACUACUGUAGUGGUAGUGUUGAUCACUUAUUCUAUUUUUUUUUCUCCCUAAAAAUGGUUGUCUUGGAUUAUAGCAAAUGGAUACUGCAUCUCUCGUUCUUGUAGUUCUUAGGUUAUCAGAAGUUAAGAAUAAACAUACUGUAUCUCA